UUUUUCGUCAUUUACCCUCUUCUUUUAUUUUUUUUUGGUCUCCCUUUCAUUUGUGAGUGGUGACCUAGUUCGCACGCGGAGUCUCCACGAAGAAAACCCUCUCCCUCGUCCCAGAUCGCUUGCACCGCCGCUUCUCUUCUUCGGGUUGGGGCUCGAGUUAUUCCCCGAUCAGCGUAGAGUUGCCCGAAUCUAACCCUAGAUCUUUGAUCUCUGAGUCUUGCUUCUGAUGAAUCCCCGAGGUAGAUAUCCUCCUGGAUACGGGAACGCAGGUGGGGGUAACACGGGCGGAAACCCUAAUUACUACGCGAGAAACCCCCAUCCGCAGCAGCAGUAUGUGCCGAGGAAUUAUGCGCAGAGUCAGCAGCAGCAGUACGUUCCGAGAAAUUAUGUGUCAAAUAGGAAUCAGAUGGGAAGCGAUUCGGGACCUAGCGAAGUAGCCAAAGCAGUUCAACCUGAUGGAAUCGACUCAAGCUCUCAAGAUUGGAAGGCACAAUUGAGGAUACCGCCACAAGACACACGUUACAAGACUGAGGAUGUCACUGCAACUAAAGGAAAUGAAUUUGAAGAUUAUUUUUUGAAGAGGGAACUACUUAUGGGAAUCUAUGAAAAAGGAUUUGAAAGGCCAUCCCCUAUUCAGGAAGAGAGCAUUCCCAUUGCACUUACUGGCAGUGAUAUCCUUGCCAGAGCUAAAAAUGGCACUGGAAAGACAGCUGCUUUCUGUAUUCCUGCUCUGGAAAAAAUCGAUCAAGAUAAUAAUGUCAUCCAAGUUGUUAUUCUGGUCCCCACACGAGAAUUAGCUCUUCAGACAUCGCAAGUUUGUAAGGAACUUGGAAAACACUUGAAGAUUCAAAUAAUGGUUACUACAGGAGGAACUAGUUUGAAAGACGAUAUUAUGCGCCUGUAUCAGCCUGUCCAUUUACUAGUUGGAACCCCAGGCCGCAUACUUGAUCUUGCAAGAAAAGGAGUUUGCAUUCUGAAGGAUUGUUCAAUGCUCAUUAUGGAUGAGGCUGACAAGCUGCUGACUCCAGAGUUUCAACCUUCAGUUGAGCAGUUGAUCCGUUUUCUCCCUUCAAAUCGUCAGAUAUUGAUGUUUUCAGCAACAUUUCCUGUUACUGUUAAAGAUUUUAAGGACAACUAUUUACCAAAACCAUAUAUAAUUAAUCUUAUGGAUGAACUUACUUUAAAAGGUAUAACACAAUUUUAUGCUUUCGUGGAAGAAAGGCAAAAAGUUCACUGUCUCAACACUCUUUUCUCAAAGCUCCAAAUAAACCAGUCUAUUAUAUUCUGCAAUUCAGUUAAUCGAGUGGAACUCUUAGCAAAGAAAAUUACAGAGUUGGGUUACUCUUGUUUCUACAUCCAUGCUAAGAUGUUGCAGGACCACCGGAAUCGAGUUUUCCAUGACUUCCGUAAUGGUGCCUGUAGAAAUCUUGUUUGUACAGAUCUCUUCACAAGAGGCAUCGAUAUUCAAGCUGUUAAUGUUGUUAUCAACUUUGAUUUCCCCAGGAACGCAGAAACGUAUCUGCACAGGGUUGGUCGUUCAGGUAGAUUCGGCCACCUUGGUUUGGCGGUCAACUUGAUCACAUAUGAGGACCGUUUUAAUUUGUAUAGGAUAGAGCAAGAGCUUGGUACUGAGAUAAAGCAGAUUCCUCCACAGAUAGACCAGGCAAUUUACUGCAGAUGAUCGAGGCUAAUAUGUUGCUGCAUCUAGAGUAUUGGUGAAUGCAACCCAUAAGAUGUCUUUCCUGUAUAUAUGUGCUAAUUUUGGCUUAUUUCUUGUCAAGAAGAUAACUCUUCUGACAUCUGAUGUGGAUCUUACAAAAUGAAAUAUUGUGUGGUUUUGGCUUGGUACAAGAAUUCCAUUGCCCAUCAACUUGCAUACUCUGUUCUGGGUACUGUUACUGAUGCUGACGGCCCAUGCAGAAACUAUGGAAGAUUGCGGUUUGCGUAAUGUUGGGCCCGAUUAUUUAAAUUAUCUACAUAUUGCACCUGUUCCCAAUUGACAUCCCGGAUGGUAAAUUGCUCAAAUCUACUAAAUGCUUAAGCUUCUGGUGCAUGGCUUAUUUAAGUUUUUUCUUCUAGUUUGUGAGCUGAAAUAUUUCCUGAUUUGACUUUUCAUCUAGUUAUAUUCUAUGUGCAAGAAAAACUGGUUUUGUCGUGUUGUGUCUUCUUUAUGUAACUCCAUGUGACUAUGGAUGUAGUGUAAGGGAAGUGCUGGCAUGGAAAACUGUAGUGUGCCCUGUUAAAUCAUUAUUGUGUGCGAAGUGAUCUUGGUUUGCUUACUAUCUAUAGAUCCAUUGAAUUUAUUUGGCGAAAAAAUAGAGGGGAAA